CUGUCAACAGUCUGUUUGUUUGUACCUGUUCUUCUACUGUACAUCAUUGAACUUUAUCCAAGGAUACCCAUCACCGAUAAAUCGUCAAAAGACCGACAGUCAAGAUCGCGGGUGGCCAAAUCUGUCACGCACCUUCAUGUAGUUGGAAAUGCUCCGACCAAUAGAGUACGCGCCCAGUUACUUUCAAGGACUGGCUAUUUCUUGGAAAUUCUAGCCGACGGAACCAUUGAUACAACACUGAACAAUUCAUCAAAUUACAGUAAGUGAGUGAUUUACUAAAAAUAGUCAGUGCAGUUGCGAUUUUGCGAUUGCUUUGCUUUUACAGUCAACUGUUUCAUUGGCGACCGCCCUCGUAAGCGCCCACUUAGAAAAUAACCGUUCUAUUUCUCAUUCAAAUACUGUUUUUAAAAAAAGUCGUAAGCAACGACUAUACUUUAAUUUCUUAAACGACCGAGACCAGUUUUAGGCCUGGAAUUUGACUUAUUCUCUUGUUUUCUGUUUCUCAUAAGCGACCACUCGGCGGCAUGAUCACGUAUGAAAUAUCAUUCAGCUUGCAUGUCACAAAAGUUCAGUUUUUUACUAGCGCCGAUAAAGUGCAAUGAAAGAUUAUUAUAGCAUGUGAGUUACAAAAAAGAUGGCUGCAUUGCGAUCUGUUCUAAAAGGUAUAAACUUAUGUAAUUACGCAGGGAGGGAGGAGCACUCGUCUCUUGCUCAACUUCAACACCUAUAAACCACAUAGUUUUUUUUGCAGAAUACCAGUUGUAUUAGAAAACCGCAGGUCAUCUCGGGGGGGGGGGGGUGCGCACCCCCUGCACCCCCCCCCUAGAUCCGCCCCUGAAUUACGUUAAUCAGUUCAAUUUGAGCUCAUUCGCUUGAGUUUUUCCGUAGACGACCACCUCCCGUGGGUGACCACUUUGUCGUGCACCAAGGGCGGUCUUAGCCUGCGAACAGCAGACGUAUUUCCGGUCGUCGCUUCUCGGAAGGAGAGAAGCGACGACCGGAAAUGCGUCUGCUGUUAGCAGGCUAGGGUGGUCUCUACUGGGAGAGUUGACUUUUGCAGCAUUGUCCUACCAUAGUGCGCAUUUGCGAACCUGAGUUAAUGUCGAAAGAUUUACCCAUUGUUAGACGAGGCUGAGUGUCAUCUGAAGAAUUAUUCAGAUCAUUACAAGCCUCAUACAGGUAACAAUGUCAGUUAGGUUGAUCUUAAACCAAUUUAGGCCAUUGGUGUACCUUGCCACGAGAAGACAUUACACUCAACAUAUACUGGACUGCGGCCUUGCUAACCUCUAUUACCAGCCCUUUUUUGUCUCCCAGUCCCUUCGUUUCUCGUGGGGGAGCUACUCACCAAAGUUUUAUUAAGAAAUCUCAGCCCCCAGGUCCAAUCCCGUACUUAUUUACAUAAAAUUUGGGUAAAAAAGAAACUCCUUCCACAUACCUGAUCCAUUGAAACAUGAUGCCCUUGUCACAUACCUAGUAACAAUAGGUCUUCGUUUCAUUUUAUGAUACAACUAUAAGUUGCAUCGAUUCCAAAUGUUUUAGUAUAAGACCCUUUUGAAUAGCUCAAUUAAAAAUUUCGCUACUCUUUCAUAAACUUCUACUUAACAAAUCCCCUCCCGAAAUCCUGAAUAACGUACCCCUUUUUGGCCGGGCCUCCCCAUAUGGGCCAUAUCACAGGGGGUAUCCUCUUGUAUUUGUUGUUGGAAAGAGGAUGCUAGCCGGCUGAAAAUUGAUCCUACAUCCGUGCACUUGGAACUGGCGGGACCAGGAACUUGCUAUAUUCCGAGCCUGCCUUUUUUGUGCAGAGGACGUGUUUUAACCAAUUCUUCUGUAAAGGAAGUACAGCUUCUUUCAUGUCAGUUUGAACUCAUCAACAACAUUUUUUGUUUUAUCCUUUAGCAAUUUUAGAAAUCCAAACAUACAACAAAACGCUAAAAAGAUUUUUAGGAGUACACUGUGGUUGUUACCUCGCUUAUGAAGAUAGAGGCAAGAGAAGAGGAAAAUUUAUUGGAACAGUAAGUUUUUAGAAACAUUUUUUAACAUUUAGUUAGAUCAACGUAUCAGUAUUGUAGUGCAACGAUUCCAACUAGUGCCACCCAACAUUGAAUGGGCCAAUCAUAGCUCACGUCCUCGACGAAGUAUCGAGUAUGAGCAGGUCGUAGUACUAUGAUGUAAAUUUCUGAUUAAAAAGGUUUUAUCUGAACGAUAACACCGUAUGAUUUUAUCCACAGAUUCCAAAGUCAGAAUAACAAAUUACCUCACCAUAAAUCCACCUAAGAGUAAAUGGUUUAAACUAUACUUCAGAUUUAUCCCUCUCCCCUACCAGCUGUAACACUCUAACCCAGAUUAUUUCUCUUUUUUCAGAGAAAAAAAACCAACGACUCUUUGUUCCUGGAACUGUUUGAAGAAAAUAGUUUUACAACUUAUAGGCCGCUAACAUAUCCACGUCAACAUAACGACACGGGGUAUCUGGCAAUUAAAGAAAACGGAAAGUUUAGAAGAGUAGACAGAUCAAUGGCCGGCAUGCAGGCGUCACAGUUCAACAUUCUAGAGUUGAAAUAG